UGUGUCAGUCACUUCCUGCUGUCACUUCCCCGGGCCCCUCAGCUCUCAUAGAAAGUGACAGGGCACCGAGAAUAAAAGGGCACAGCCACUGGCACACUGACCAUACCACAUACUCAGAGAAAAGGAGGAGAAGAUGCCCUUCAUUCCACCCUGCCUGGCCCUGGCACUCUGUGCUGUGAUGUGCUGCUGCCAAGCUACGGAGCUAACAGAAUGGCCGAGUAACUAUGUGGUGCUGAGUGAAAAGGAAGAGUACACACUUGAGUGUGACACAAAAGAGAGAAACAUCAAGUGGUUGGCACCAUCCCGGACCUGUUCUGUACCAAGAGGAAAUGCCCUGUAUAUCAAGGAUAUUCAACUGCCCUGCGCAGGCCAAUACGUCAGUCUCAGUGCCAACAAGGAGACCCACCUGUGCUCGGUGUAUCUGCUCAUUGCAGAUUCCAGUCUGCUGAGUGUCACAUGCUUUAUGGAGUCGCACACAAGCUCUGUGCUUCGUUGCUUGGCUGACAUUGAUGAAGAGGAGGGAAUUCUCAGAGCCAGGGCCUCAAUCAGUUCCAUGGACAUUCGGCAGUGGCACACGGAGACAAUAGACAGAAGCCUCUCCUUCACACUCAACAUGGACGGCUUCUGUGCCUUUGAAGAGCAGAUGGAACCCAUUCUGGUGGAGGUCCAGGUGGCAACAGAGAAGAGGUUAAUGUCAAUGAACAAAUCGUAUUAUAUCCGAGACAUUGUGAAACCUAGUCCCCCUGAGAACAUGAGGGUGUUGAAAGGUAACAGGCACCUACACAUCUCCUGGAGUUACCCUGCACCCUGGUCCAAAUUCUCCUCCUAUUUCCCCAUGCUCUUCCAGCUCAACAUGACUUAUCGCAAUGACACCGAGGAGCUGGUAAAUGUGGAGGGGACUCGGGUUCUGGCAGUUAGUCCCAAUGUGCGCAGAAUUAAGGGUCGCUGCCGGGAUCUCUAUUACAGGUCGGAGUGGAGCCCCUGGACUCAGGGAAUAGAGACAACUUCAUGAGGAGGAGGAGGAGGAGGAAGGAACGUUGAUUCCCAGGAAGUAAUGAAAUCCUUACGGAAUUAUCUCUAUAUUUAUUGCAAUAAUAUUUAUAUAUUUGACACAGUUGUUUU